AUGAAAACAACAUUGUGUUAAGAAAGAAUCUCACAGAAUUAAAGAUGCAUUAUUUUGCCACUUACCUAAUCUUUUUGGUUGCCUUCUCUUCUCGGUGGUUUCUUCUGCAAGCGGCAUUGACUGCAGAGAAAGGAUUCUCUAGGAUUGGUGUCAUUCUUGAUCAAACAUCUAGGCGUGGGAAAGAGGCCAAAGUUGCCAUUGAAAUAGCAAUUCAUGAUUUUAAUAAUGAAACUGAUCAGCCUUCUGUUUUAUAUCUUCAAAACUCGCGAGGCAAACAAAUACAUGCAGCUAUUGCAGCUAAAGAACUUAUUGAUGAACACAAUGUGAAGGCCAUUUUGGGAGCUCAUACAUGGGAUGAGGCAUCUGCAAUAACCGAGGUAAUCAGUGAAUCUGAUCACGAUAUCCCAGUUUUUCUAUCGUUAGCUGGCACAACUCCGCUUCAAGCAACAGAUCAAUGGCCACAUUUCAUUCAAUCCGUGCCUACACAAUCUGCACAAAUGAAUGCAGUGGCUGCUAUUCUACAGUCAUGGGGUAUAACUCAAGCUACUCUCUGUUGGUAUCAUCGUCAUCGGAAACCCAGGACCAAUCGGAAUGGAUGGUAUUGUGACCACAUACACAAUCCGUUUUGA